GUGUGUGUGUGUGUUCAGCGAUUACGCAUCUCGCGCGCGUCCCCGGUGGCGCAGAGCGUGUACGGAGUCAUCCCGCUGCUGUAGGCGGGGGCGAGCCCCUUUGCCCGUCAUAUUAAUGUGCUUUCCCUCUAUUCUAGUCCAUGAAACAGCACGCAAGUAUUGGCUCUUGUGUUGUCCUUCGUUUGCAAACAGUGGACAGGAACUUAACCCGUCUGUAUUGACAGCUGCUGAAGUCCUACAAUGACUCGUCGAAAGCAGGCGAAGCCCAGAUCUUUGAAAGGUCAAGAUGACAGGUUAAAUACAAAGGAAGAUAGUGUGAUUGUGGGGAAGAAGCAUUGUUCCUUGGAAAGGAGAAAAGAAAGGGACGAGGCAAGGGAACAACGUGGGCAGGAGAAGGAUGAAGGUGCUGAAGAACAUGAGAGUGCAAACAUACAGCAAUCAGAAUGCAAACCGACGUACUGCCAUGGUUCAGCAAAUCAUAAUGUUGGGGAAGAUGAAAUAUGUUGUUUAGCAUCUCUUUCCCCUGCUCACUCCUCCACUGACCAUGAAGAUAGAUGUGACCUUGGAUUCAAGGGAGACACACAUAGAGAUCAUCAGAGACUGUGCAGGAGGGCAAACACCCCUUUGCCUGGAAAUAGUUCAGUAUCUCUCAAAAUAUCCCAAACGGAUAUCAGCAGUGAGAGCCCCACAAAAAGCAAACAGGGCUUGAGUAAUCAGUAUGAACAGGGUAGUGCUAUGUCCUCCCGACAUCUCUCUCUUGUGGGGGAAUCUGGGAAAAAACAACCUCCAAAUUUUCCUUCACAAGAUCAAUCAGGCUUCUCAGUGGCAGAAUGCACCUGUGCAACCUCACACAUCUCCAGUCCAGCCACUCCAAGUGCUGCAGAACUGGCUCCUUGUGUAGAAAAGAGAAAGUCUCAGUUUGUCUCAAACAAUUGUUUAGGAAUCUCCAAAAAGCUCAAAGUUUUCAAUAAUUGUGUUCAUUGUCACAUGGACCCUAGAGCACGUCCACAGACCCAACUCAAGGACAAUGAAAUCCACUCAAGUUCUGAGACUUUUCCAUCUGAACUAAAGGAGCACCAGAAAGAGGCUAAUGUGAUGCUAGGACACUCCGUGUUGCUUGAAGCCGCAAUCACGGCGGCUGUUCAGACGGUUCUUCAGUGUAGCUUCUGUCCCACAUCUUUAAAGGACCUGAAAGCCCUUCAAGAGCACGUUCGCCAAUCACACAACUCGGCUUUAAUCGAGAGCAACGUCUUUUUCUGCUCGCAGUGCUUCCAAGGAUUCCUGACAAAGGACACGCUAGAUAAUCACGUGCGGCAGACGCACUGUAAAAACCAGAGCCUGAAACUAGAUCCAGAUGCGGAAGAAACCGCAGAAAGGAAGUCUUUGCAAUUCUGUCCAUACUGCGCACAUUUGCCUACGUUUAGCAGUAAGGUAAAACUGAUGCAGCAUAUCAAAAAGACACACAAGAACUUGAUGAACCUUAAAGAGGGGAGGACAAUGGGUUCGCCCCAGUCAAUCAAGAGUCUGGCCAAAAAAACUAGCAAUGGUGUAUUACCCUCAACCGACUUCAUCUGUGACCACUGUGGGGCUAAAUACACCAAUCUGGAUCUGUUUCAAACUCACUUGAGUUCCCACCUGAAGAGUAUGCUUCCAAAAUUCACGUGUCCAGAGUGUUUGAAGGAUUUCCCAAACCAGGAAUCUUUUAAGGAACACACAGUGUCUCAUUUUAGCAAUUCGUCUACGCUCUACAUCUGUGAGAGCUGCAGUAGGUCCUUCACCAGUGUCAAAGACUUACAUGGGCACCUACUUGAGAUGCACACCGUUGUGUUUUACCGAUGUUCCCUCUGCCAGCAGGUGUUCGACUCUAAGGUGUCUAUUCAGGUUCACCUGGCCUCCGAACACAGUAACAAGAGAACCACGUUCCACUGUACGUCGUGCGAAUGGGACUUCAAGCAAGAGCAUGACUUGCACCUGCACGUCAAACAGAAACAUCUCGACAAACAAUGCAAGAUGUACAGUUGCAUCUUCUGCGCAGAGUCCUUUACCACAGACAUCGAGUUGCAGUGUCAUAUCACAACACAUAGCGACAAAUGCAGUCCCUGCGUCUGUACCAACACCAGAUCUCCCCUCGAGGUCGAGAAACUCUGUGCCAAGAGUGCUGAAGGUAACAACGUGACCCCUCCACCUGUCUCCGAACCAGUUGCCAAGGACAGCGCUGGAAUGCUGCCAGUGAAUAGUGAAAUAAGAGUCGGUAAGGUGGAAUUGCUGUUUAGCCCUCCCACCGAAAGCAAAGGAAAGGCAAAUCUGAACGAUCCUAUGUUUGCCUGUGAAAUCUGUGGUGCCUCUUACACCAUGCAGUCCUUGCUCGCCAACCACCAGCUGCGAGAUCACCACAUCCAGCCCGGGGAGAGUGGCACUCUCAAGCGCAAAGUGGAGGCAAUCCAAGGGAGCCACAAAUGCAAAGACUGUUCCAAGACCUUCUUCACUGAGAUGGCACUGUGGGAGCACGUCCAGACUCAUCUAGGCCCCACCAAGCACUGCCAAUGCCCCAUCUGUGGAGAGCGCUUCCCUUCCCUGCUAACUCUGACUGAACACAAGGUCACCCACAGCAGGAGCUUGGACACGGGCAACUGCCGCAUCUGCAAGCUUCCUCUUCACAGUGAGGAGGACUUCCUGGAACACUGUCAGAGGCACCCAGACCUGCACAACUCGCUGACAGGCUUCCGCUGUGUCGUGUGCAUGCAGACUGUCACCUCCACUCUUGAGCUGAAAAUUCAUGGAACUUUCCACAUGCAGAAAGUCCAGGGUGAUGAUCUGAUCAGCAGCUGCAUGGAUCCCUCCAACCUUAAUCCUGACCUUAAAAUCUCCUCAAGUGUUGCUCAGCAGGAAACGGUCACUAUGAAUGUCAGUACGUUUGAGCAUAGACUCAGAGACAAUAAGACUAGCAUUUCUGUAGUCAAUUGUUGUUCGGCUACGGCACUCAUACCAGAGGAGAGAAGCAAUAAGAACACUCUCACCCAGACAACAACAGUUUGAUCUUACCCUAAAUAAAGGACAUCAUUACAAGACAUGUACACUCUAACAAAAUGCUGGGUUAAAAAACGCAAACCCAGCAGUUGGGUUAAAUGUUGGUCCAACGUGCUGGCUAGUUUUAUUUAACCCAACUAUUGUUUAUAAAUUACUAUAUGUCUGACUGAACUGAACCCAAAAUAGGUUGGAAAUUAAAAAUCAGACACAUUAUUACUAGAGGCAACAAUAAUAAUCAAAAGAUGAACAUUUAUUGAUAAGCAAUUUAAUAAAUGUUUAUUGUUUAA